AUGGCAUUUAAUGGUAGAGGGAGUAAUUACUACAUAAAAAUGUUAGCAAGUGAAAUAGGGAAUACUAUAAACAAAGCAGCGAGCAACAGAGAAAAAGGAUGGUACACUCCUUUCAUGGCAGCUGCCUCUCGAGCCAUUGCAGAACGAAUCCCACUGGUUGAUUUCAUUCUUGAAGUGAGAGAUGCUAGGAUUCCUUUGUCUUCGGAAUGUCAGCUAUUGACCAAUCAUCUGCCUUGCUCUCGCCGAAUCAUAGUGAUGAACAAAAUGGACCUUGCUAAUCGCUCCCACCUCAAGGACUGGAUCAAGUAUUUUGAGCAACGAAACUGCAUUUCUUAUGUGAUCAAUUCUCAUAACAAGGAAAAUGUCAAAAAGUUCCUUAACUUUUUACAAGCCCAAAUCAAAGGAUUGAAGAACAUUGAUCAUUCUCGUUCUACCUUAACAAUGAUGAUGGUGGGGAUUCCUAACGUUGGUAAGUCGGCUCUAGCCAAUUCUUUGCAUCAAGUUGGAAGGAUUAGUGCUGCAGAGAAAGGAAAAUUGAAGCAUGCAAAAGUGAGUCCACAUCCGGGAGAGACAAAAGAUAUCAGCAGCUUGAAGAUUGGUAGCCAUCCCAAUAUUUAUGUGUUGGACACCCCAAGUAUUUUGCCUCCUCAAAUUCUUGAUGCCGAGGUCUGUUCCAGGCUAGCUUUAACAGCAGGAGCAAUUAGCGACUCUUUGAUUGGUGAAAAAGAACUUGCUCAAUAUUUUCUGGCCAUUCUCAACUUGAGUGAUGAAUAUAAGAAAUGGGCAAAGUUGUCUGCCCUUGAAAAUGAGAGAUCAUUUAUAGACCACAAAGAAGAGUGUUCAAGCGGCAGACAGCCAUGCAUGAAAGGAGAAAGGCAACAUUUCACUGAUCACACUCAGUUUUUGCAUAUCUUAAGGGACAAAAAUGUGAUCAUUUGCUAAGCAUGGUGGGGGCAAGGAAUGAGAGGAACAUCAGCUUCAGAUGUUGACAGAAAGCACUCUUAUGCAUUUGCAAACCCAGACAAAAUGCCCUUGGCCUUGAAAUCUAGCCGACUGUUCCCUUUUCUAUUGCCCUGCAAUCUUUGAUUCAAGCUUUUUCUGCUUGUUUAUGUAAGCAUCCUUUCCAGAACAUCCCAGUAACUUUGCAACUACAAAAUCUAUUGCACAACAGAGCCAUUAGCCAUGGAAAGCUCAGUGGUUAAAGAUGUAUCUCCUAAUGUACUUCUCAAAUUUGAAUAAAAUGUGAAAGUUUGUUUACCAAAACACGCAAAACA